UCGAAAAGUUCCAGUCUAGCCUUACUUUUUUAAAAGAAAAAAUGAUUUUCUUAUAAAUAUAUUUUUAAAAUUAUGGCAUCUUACACCAAUGUUCAAAAAGUCAGAAUUUUAUAUAAGUUAAUAUUAAGAUUACAUCGAAGUUUACCCGAUGAAUUACAAGUAAUUGGAACGAAUUAUGCCCGUGAUGAAUUUAAAAGGCAUAAAAGUUGUGCACCCAAUGAAGCAGCUAUUUUUAUGAACGAAUGGACUGAUUAUGCAAUAUCUCUGGCUAAACAACUUGGUAUUAAGAAUAAUAAGACUAUAGGCUCCGAGCUAUCUCAAGAUAUCAUAAACAAUUUUAAAGAUGAACAGGUUGUACAAUUAUAUGAGUUAAUGCAAGCUGCUAAAGCUCCAAGAGAAGACGAUUUGGGAAAACAAUCUAGUCAAUAAUAAGAUAGUAGACACAACUCUCAGGACCCGGUAUAGUGUCGGUUAUGAUGUGCUGUUCUCUCCUCAUGGUGGCGAAGGAACCGUAUGACAUGUCUCUAGGUCUUGUCCUGGUUCUUCCUAGCGUGCUGUUUAUAUCGUAGUUUGAGGUGGACUGAAAAAUAGAUGCAAAAUUAAUAAAUUAAUAUUUAUUUUUGUUUA